AUGCUUACUACUCACACGCAGACAGAACUAGACCAAGAGUAUUCCCUAAAUGACGGCAGUAAGGUAACAGCCGCACAAUUGCGAGCUUGGGAUAAGGAACUAGGUCUUAUGAAAUCCCCCGAGGAUCGGCUUCGUUGGGCAAUUACUAUGUUCCCAAACAUUUACCAGUUGAGUGGCCUUGGUCUAACAGGACUUGUCAUCACAGAUAUGCUAUCGAAGCUGACGUCAGGACAAAACGCCGUUCCAAUGAUCUUUAUCGACACUCUACACUUAUUUCCCGAAACCCUGAAAUUACUUGGAGAAGUCAAAAGCAAAUACUACAAGCCUUGCCCUGAUAAGGUAAACGUAUUCCGUCCGUCAGGUGUUGAAUCUGAGGAGGAAUUCGCGGCGAAGUACGGAUCAAAGUUGUGGGAAAUUGACCAGAUGAAAUAUGACUUUGUUUCUAAAAUCGAGCCUGCUUAUCGGGCGUAUAAGCAACUGAAAGUUAGUGCGGUAUUUACUGGUCGUAGGCGUUCACAACAAGGCGACCGCGUGGAUUUACCCUAUAUAGAACUUGAUCAAUCCAAUAGUGUAAUAAAGAUUAACCCAUUGGCUGACUAUGAGUUUGCAGAGACCGAGUCAUAUGUCCUCAAGCAUAAAGUACCCCGGAAUGAGCUGUUAAAAUUGGGUUUUAAGUCAAUUGGAGAUUAUCAUUCCACUGAACCUGUCGGUAAUGGUGAAGAUGAAAGAGCAGGUCGUUGGAAGGGGAAAUCCAAGACCGAAUGUGGGAUUCACCAAGCUAGUAAAUACGCUGCAUUCCUAAAGGAGCACCAAAACAAUUCAACCAUGUGA